AAAAUGGAUUCACUCUCUGUGGAAGAACUUUCUUGUCCCGUGUGCUUUGAAAUCUACAAGAAUCCUGUUGUUCUGUCGUGUAGUCACAGUGUGUGUAAAGAGUGUCUUCAACAGUUCUGGAAAACCAAGAGAACUCAAGAGUGUCCCGUCUGCAGGAGAAGAUCUUCAAAAGAAGAACCUCCUCGUAAUCUGGCAUUGAAGAACUUAUGUGAGAUGUUUGUGAAGGAGAGAAAUGAGGAGGAGAACUGCAGUUUACACCGAGAGAAACUCAAACUCUUCUGUCUGGACGAUAAACAGCCGGUGUGUUUAGUGUGCAGAGAUUCAGAGAAACACGUCAAUCAUAAAUUCAGACCCAUCAGUGAAGUUCUUCCAUCUUACAAGGAGGAACUCAAUACAGCACUGAAGUCUUUACAAGAGAAACUCAAACACACAGAAAACAUGAAAGGAGAGUUUGAUAAAUCAGUUGGACACAUCAAGACUCAAGCUGAGCACACAGAGCGUCAGAUUAAAGAGCAGUUUAAGAAGCUUCAUGAGUUUCUCCGACAUGAAGAAGAAGCUACAAUCACUGAACUGAGAGAGGAAGAGGAGCAGAAGAGUCAGAUGAUGAAGAAGAAGCUUGAGGAGAUGAACACACACAUCUCAGCUCUUUCACACACAAUCAAAGACAUGGAGGAAAUGAUGAAAGCCAAUGACGAUGUCUCAUUUCUAAAGAACUUUAAUGUGACAAUGGAAAGAGUCCAGAUCUCACAGCCGGAUCCACAGAUGACUUCUGGAGCUUUCAUUCAUGUGCCACAUUACUUCGGCAACCUGACAUUCAGAGUCUGGAAGAAGAUGCGAGACAUUGUCCACAAGACUCCUGUGAUUCUGGAUCCAAACACUGCAAAUCCAAAUCUGAUUCUGUCUGAUGAUCUGACCAGUGUGAGAUACAGCAAGAAGAGAAAAAUAUUACCUGAUAAUCCAGAGAGAAUUAACUGUGAUGAGUGUGUUCUGGGUUCAGAGGGGUUUAACUCAGGAACACACUGCUGGGAUGUGGAGGUUAAACACAAUAAACGCUGGACUGUUGGAGUAACUACAGCAUCAAACAAGAGGAAGGGAUAUGUUUUCUUUAUCACUGAUGUCUGGAGUGUGGGGUACACAUGGUGUCCCUCCACUGUGUUUAAUGUCACACAGAAACUUGAGCGUGUGAGAGUUCAUCUGGAUUAUGACGGAGGAAAAGUGUCAUUCUCUGAUCCUGUAACUAACACACAUCUACACACAUUCACACACACAUUUACACACACACUCUUGCCAUUCUUCUAUAGUUAUGAUGAUGUCACUCCUCUGAGGAUUUUACCAGUGAAAUGUUUGUAA